GGGGGCGGGGGCUUCAAGCAUCCGGCCUUCAAGAGGCGCAGGCGGGUCAACUCGGACUGUGACUCGGUGCUGCCCUCCAACUUCCUCCUGGGGGGCAACAUCUUUGAUCCGCUGAACCUGAACAGCCUCCUGGACGAGGAAGUGAGCCGCGCACUCAAUGCGGAGACCCCCAAGUCCUCCCCCCUUCCGGCCAAAGGGCGAGACCCGGUGGAGAUCCUCAUCCCCAAAGAUAUCACUGACCCGCUCAGUCUCAACACUUGCACUGACGAGGCCCAGGUAGUCCUUGCCUCGCCUCUCAAGACGGGUCGGAAGCGCCACAGACCCCGGGGACAGCACCACCAGCAGCAGCAGGCGGCCGGGGGGAGCGAUGGCCUCUCCGUGCUGCCCGCAGCCCCCCUCACGCCCU